AUGCAACAACACGUGUGGGAACGCAACGCAGGUGUGGGAACGCAGCGACAGGUGUGGGAACGCAACGACAGGUGUGGGAAUGCAACGACAGGUGAGGGAACGCAACGACAGGUGCGGGAACCCAACGACAGGUGCGGGAACGCAACGACAGGUGUGGGAACGCAACGACAGGUGUGGGAACACAACGACAGGUGUGGGAACGCAAUGACAGGUGUGGGAACGCAACGACAAGUGUGGGAACGCAAUGACAGGUGUGGGAACGCAACGACAAGUGCGGGAACGCAACGACAGGUGUGGGAACGCAACGACAGGUGUGGGAACGCAACGACACGUGUGGGAACGCAACGACAGGUGUGGGAACGCAACGACAGGUGUGGGAACGCAACGACAGGUGUGGGAACGCAACAACAGGUGUGGGAAGACAACGACAGGUGUGGGAACGCAAUAACAGGUGUGGGAACUCAACGUCAGGUGUGGGAACGCAAUGACAGGUGUGGGAACGCAACGAUGGCAGUGGGAGGAAUGAUGGCAGCGAGAGGCAUGAUGGCAGUGGGAGGCAUGAUGGCAGAGGGAGGCGUGGUGGCAGUGGGAGGCAUGGUGGCAGUGGGAGGCAUGAUGGCAGUGGGAGGCAUGAUGGCAGUGGGAGGCAUGAUGGCAGUGGGAGGCAUGAUGGCAGUGGGAGGCAUGAUGGCAGUGGGAGGCAUGAUGGCAGUGGGAGGCAUGAUGGCAGUGGGAGGCAUGAUGGCAGUGGGAGGCAUGAUGGCAGAGGGAGGCAUGAUGGCAGAGGGAGGCAUGAUGGUAGUGGGAGGCAUGAUGGCAGUGGGAGGCAUGAUGGCAGAGGGAGGCAUGGUGGCAGUGGGAGGCAUGAUGGCAGUGGGAGGCAUGAUGGCAGUGGGAGGCAUGAUGGCAGUGGGAGGCAUGAUGGCAGUGGGAGGCAUGAUGGCAGAGGGAGGCAUGAUGGCAGUGGGAGGCAUGAUGGCAGUGGGGCGCCGACGCGCCUCCGUAAAGGCGGGGUCGGAGGAGACACGAGGGUGGCGAGGAGACGCGAGGGUGGCGAGGAGACGCGAGGGUGGGAAGGGGAUGAGAGAGAGGGGAGGGAAUGAGAGGGAUGAAAGGGAAUUAGAGCGUUGA